ACCUAUGGGUGCGGAGGGAGUCUGAGCAAAGGAAGCUGACAGGAUGCAGCUUCGCCUCAGCGGGCCUCAUCCCUCCAUCCUCCCGGCGGGGCGAUGCACUGUGCGUUAUGACGCCAGGCCGUUUGACGAGUGCAUUACGUGGGACUGGCAGAGCAGCACAGCAGCCUGGAUUCUCGUUAUGUAAUGCAUCGGAUGCUGCUGCUCGACGGAGAGAAGCUGGGGGGGGGAACUGACGGAUGGCUGAUUUAGUGACAAAUAACGGUGCGUUGGCUUGACUGAACGUAGGCUAGCCGUCGACAAGAACAAUGCUAACUGUAAAUCGCUGGAGUGCAGAGUGAGCGAGCCGUCAGUGGGCCUAUCCCUGAGGUGCACACACGUCUGGAGCCUGCGGAAGCUGCACAGCCUUUUUCUCUUUCAGGCGAGCCCUUUCUGUCUCUGUUUAAAACCGUCUCCCGUAUCAGUUCAAAUAAACCAAUGCGGGUUUGUUUUAGAAAAGAAACCGAUUCAUAUUUAGUUCUCCAUCGCUCUGGUGUAGUCCAACAGCCGCGGGGCUGUCAACAAUGGCGGGUCCCGAGCAGUCCCAGCAGCAGCAGCAGCAGGUAGAGGAGAAGGCAGAGUACAUAGAUGAUGCUGAGAUGGCCCUGCAGGGUAUUAACAUGCUGCUUAACAACGGCUUCAAAGAGAGCGACGAGCUUUUCAGGAGAUACAGGACCCAGAGUCCACUGAUGAGCUUUGGGGCCAGUUUCGUCAGUUUCCUGAACGCCAUGAUGACAUUUGAGGAGGAGAAGAUGCAGACGGCCUGUGACGACCUGAGGACCACUGAGAAACUGUGUGAGAGCGACAGCUCCGGAGUCAUAGAGACAAUCAGAAACAAGAUUAAAAAAAGUAUGGACUCACAGAGGUCAGGAGUUGUGGUCGUGGACCGCCUACAGAGACAGAUUAUCGUUGCUGACUGUCAGGUGUACCUUGCCGUGCUCUCCUUCGUCAAGCAGGAACUUUCAGCUUAUAUCAAAGGAGGCUGGAUUCUACGUAAGGCGUGGAAAAUGUACAAUAAGUGCCACAGUGACAUCAGCCAGCUGCAGGAAGCCUGUCAGCAGGGGCCCUCUGUCCACCAGGAGUCCCUCUCGACGGACAACGCCAACCACAACGUGGCAGUGGAGAACUGCGUGACGGCCGAGGCCCUGGACCGGCUCAAAGGCUCUGUCAGCUUCGGCUACGGCCUCUUCCACCUGUGCAUCUCCAUGGUACCACCACACCUGCUCAAGAUUAUCAACCUGCUGGGUUUCCCUGGUGACCGUCUCCAGGGCCUGUCCUCCCUGAUGUAUGCAAGUGAGAGCAGGGACAUGAAGGCACCACUCGCUACGUUGGCCCUCUUGUGGUACCACACAGUAGUGCUGCCUUUCUUUGCCCUGGAUGGCUCUGAUACACAUGAGGGGCUGCUGGAAGCCAAAGCUAUUCUGCAGAGAAAGUCAGUGGUUUACCCCAACUCAUCCCUCUUCAUGUUCUUUAAAGGACGAGUUCACAGACUAGAGUGCCAUAUCAACAGUGCUUUGGCCUGUUUCCAUGAUGCAUUAGAGCUUGCAUCAGAUCAAAGAGAGAUCCAGCAUGUGUGUCUCUAUGAGAUUGGUUGGUGUAGCAUGAUAGAGAUGAAUUUUGAAGAUGCAUACACGUCGUUUGAAAGGCUGAAGAAUGAGUCGCGAUGGUCGCAGUGCUACUACGCCUACUUGACCGGAGUGUGUCAGGGUGCUUCGGGUGACCUAGAUGGAGCAAGCGGCGUUUUCAAAGAUGUGCAGAAGCUGUUCAAGAGAAAAAACAACCAAAUAGAGCAGUUUGCUGUCAAAAGGGCUGAGCGAUUGAGAAAGAUCUCGCCCACCAGAGAGCUAUGCAUCCUUGGUGUAAUUGAAGUGCUGUAUCUGUGGAAAGCGCUUCCAAACUGCUCCUCAUCUAAACUGCAGAUAAUGAAUCAGGUGUUACAGAGUUUAGAUUUGGCUUCGUUUAGAGGCCUGAAACACCUUCUUCUUGGUGCCAUUCACAAAUGUCAUGGAAAUAUGAGGGAUGCUGUUCAGUCACUCCAGCUGGCUGCUAGAGAUGAGUAUGGACGACAGAUCAACUCAUAUGUUCAGCCGUAUGCCGUCUAUGAGCUUGGAUGUAUACUCCUUGCAAAACAGGAGACUCUGGCAAGGGGAAGAUCAUUGCUACUUCAAGCCAAGGAGGAUUUCACAGGCUACGACUUUGAGAACAGGCUUCAUGUCCGCAUCCAUUCAGCUCUGGCUUCUUUGAAGGAAGUAGUGCCUCAGUGACUCCAGGAAGGGAAGCUACAAUGGCUCAAGCUAUGCUCAUGGCAAGUUUUAAGCCAUUCAAAAUAACUGUAUGACACCCCAGUGAACAUACUCAUGUAUUUUUCAUUCUUAAAGGAUUUAGGGAAAUACACUUGUUUGUCAUUUUACCCAGUCAGAUUGAUAUAAAGUGUCAUCUCUGUUCAUUUUGUACAGAGAUGUAUACGUUUGUACAUGUGUUCAUACUAGCUUAGCACAAAGUAAAUGGAAAUGGCUAGCCUACCUAUGGCUAGCCAGUUAAAAACUAAGCUAAAACCUUCAACGCUAUGAUACCAGUACAGACUUCUUCUUCGCCAGCAAGCUAGUCACCAAUGCAUCCAUACAUGGUUUUGUUAUUGCAGUGCACAAACCAGACAAGCCCACAAAUGGGACAGGACUGUUGGGACGCUGCACUCCACAAAGUAGUUGUUGGUAAAAGAAAUUGCUUCAACUGCUUGUAAAACCAUGAGUUUUUGCAUUUCUGUUUUAUGGCUUGAUCAGAAAUAGUAUUCACUGUAUAGAUAAGACAUAUUUAGUGUUGUUAGAAGGUAGACUUUCAGUUUGAUGGAGCUAAACUAGCUGUUUCCCCUUGCUUCCUGUCCUAGCGCUAAGCUAGGCUAAACACGUCCCUGGCCUAUUUCUGAACAGGUUGCACAGAAAUGAAAUAUAUAUCAAUCCUCGACCCUGGGCAAAACAACAAACAAGCAAAUUUCCCCAAAUCUGUAACUGUGUUUUCGGCACCCAAAUGUAUUAUUAGCUAGCUAGUUACAAUUUUCCUCAUUAACGUGUGUAUUUGGAGGAUAUCAGUAAUGCCUCCUCUCCCGUCAGUAAGCAAUUCAGCACAAAAAAUAGCAUUUUAAUGAGAUCACAUGUCCCUUAAUAGUAAAAAUAUAAUUAAACACACAGGUAUUUGUGUUUUUCACAUUCUUUAAAAACAGGCAAAUUACAUUUGAGCAUCUUACUUCAAUAAUAAUCGCAUAUUAUGAAAAAGAUGAGGGACAUCUGUUUGUAAAAUUGCAAAUGGGUUGAUUCAUAUCACAAAGGGGCCACUUACUAUAAUCACAAUUGAAAUAAAAUGACAAACUUGUAGUCAAAUUAGUUACCAUGGGAAUCGUUAAAUAACGUCAAAAAAUGUCACCCUACAUCACACAUAGUCAUCAUCACACAACUCGGCUAUUCACAUUCAAGUAGUUAGACGUCAUAAAUUUAUAAUUGAGAAAUCACCACACUUCACAAUGCCCUAAUAAUGUUUUUGAUGUGAUAACACCGGGCAUUGAUCCUGUGCACUAUGCAUGGCAUGGCAGGGUAACCGUGGCGAUAAGACUGUGCUGAAGUCACAUGUACCUCUAUGUCCAUUCCUGCAAAUACAUACUGUAUAUAAGGUAUUUUAAUACAGUACACUCUGUACUGUGAUAUUACCAUUGAAAGGUGCUGUUAAAUGUCAGCCUAAUUAACAUAUAGUACUAGUGACUUAUUUUAAUAGUGUUUUAGUGAUACAAGCUUUUGAAAUUAGUCCAUAAUAGUGACAAGUUUAUUUAUUACAGAAAAGAAGUUGUACUUUUGCAAGUGUCAUUUACAGUAUGCUAUUUUAGUUUGAAAUCCUGUGAUGGCCAGCAGGAUAGACUGCAGUGUUGUGAUUAAGCUGGUUCAUAAGUAUGAUCUUAACUUGGACAAUGAAUAAUAUUUCUGUGAUAAGAAUGAUUUUAACAAACUUUCUCUACACAGUUUCACACUGUACAU